GGCCAGCAGGUGUCCCUGUAACAAAUCUAGAUCAUUUUAUUUUGGCUGUUGAAUCUUCCUUCAACUUUGACCCUUCGGUAACCUUCAGUGUACAUGUGCAAACUGAACAGAUGCUGAUUAUCUAGGCACUUUAACUUCAAAUCAUGGCUAAGUAUCUUGCACAGAUCAUUGUUAUGGGGGCACAGGUGGUAGGACGGGCCUUUGCACGUGCCUUACAGCAAGAAUAUGCAGCAAGUCAAGCCGCGGCUCGGGCCAGGGGUCGGUCCGGUCAGCAGUCGGCUGCAGCCUCCAGCAUCACUGGAAUGACCCUACAGGAGGCACAACAAAUCCUCAACAUCUCCACACUCACCCCUGAGGAACUUCAGAAGAACUAUGAACACCUUUUUAAAGUCAACGAUAAGUCAGUAGGCGGAUCAUUUUACCUCCAAUCAAAAGUGGUGCGAGCAAAAGAACGUUUGGAGGAGGAACUAAAUAUUCAGUCAAAAGACCAAAAUCAGCAAUCGCAGAAUACGGAAACAUGAAGUCAAACUGGCCCCGCCUCCUCUAUAUUUCCCCAAUCCUCUGUAAAUUAUACCCAAAUAAAAGCUCUUUUUUUGUCCUUAA